AUGCUCCAAGAGGGCAUCCUCUUUGCCGGAUCAGGCGCUGCUCUGCUACUCCAAGCAGCACUACCCGCCAUCCGCGAAGUUGAAAAUGACAACAGCAACCCGAAAACACUCGCUACAGAGCUCCUCGACGCUCUACAAGCCCAUCUAGGCUACAUCUCCACAUUCGUCUUCGGCACACGCGAUGAGCGCAAAAUCCUCCUGGAAAUGCUCCAACGCGAAGAAGCCCCCGGUCUCGGCGGCGGUCGCAACAACCGCUUCGCCCACCACCCAGCACUGCAGAAAUGGAUGGCCGCAACCCUCUACGCCACCGCGACCGAUUUCUACCAGCGCGUCUACGGCAGAGUCGACUUUCAGACUGCCCAGCGCGCCUAUAGCGAGUUCGGCUUGCUUAUGAACUGCAUGGGCGUGCCUGCGGGUACUUGGCCCGAGACUCGCCAGACUUUCUGGUCUUAUUGGGAUGAUCAAGUUGGCAAGUUGACUGUCUCCACUGAUGCCGCGCAAUUUGCGAAGGAUCUGCGCGAGUCUACCGAUAUGCCUAAGUGGGUGCAGAAUAUGAAGCCGUUCCUUCGCGCCGUUACUAUCGAGAUGCUCCCGCCCAAUCUGCGGGAUUCUUAUGGUCUUAAGUCUACCGCCAGUACUCGUACCCUCUACCGAACUUGGAUGGGGUUCUCUGUCGCUGUUUACCCGGCUAUGCCGAAUAAAUGGCGUGGAUAUCCGCUGCGGUAUUAUCAGGAUAAGCUGCGCGGUAAGUUGAAUGUUGUUUGA